AUGCAUGACACAGUGGAAUUCAUUAAUGCAUAUUAUGCAGAAAUCAAACACGUGAGUGAUGUCACGAAGAGCAGAAAUGAGAUUAAUAAUAAAGCAUGGCGGCCACCCAAUGAUAACAGAAUAAAAGUUAAUUUUGAUGCAGCCUUCAAGCAGAAUCAAAAUAAAUCAGUGUCAGGAAUUAUCGCGAGAAACAAAGAAGGCGAGGUCAUGGCAGCGUGCACUUACCCAGGGAGAAAUAUAGUAGAUCCGACCAUUGCGGAGGCUAGAGCGUGUUUACAGGCAGCCACCAUGGCAGAGAACUUGGGUUUUCAAGAGGUUGAGGUAGAGGGGGACGCGUUGACAGUCAUUAAGAAACUAACAUUGAAUUCAGAGGACAAAUCAACUAUCCGAGGUUACAUCCAAGAAAUAAAAAGGAAAGCUUGCAUAUUUAGAAGUAUACAGUUUAGCCACAUACCGAGAGAAGCCAACAGAGUAGCGCAUGAGUUAGGAAGAGAAGGAUGGAGAUUCGAAGAUCCACAGUAUUGGAUGGAAGAGGUACCCAACACAGUGGAGGAUCUAGUGAAUAGGGACCGAAAUCACAAUAAUGGUAGAAGAGAUAAUAAUAACGAGUCCGGAUCUGGAAACGAUAAGGUGAUUUGA